AUGUUCAGGCAAUCAAAAAGAAGAAUCGCCUCAAGAAAGAAUUUUGGCUCAUACGAUGAUGUCAUCAAGAGCGAACUGGGUAUGGGAAACGCAAAUGCAACAAAUCAGGUCAUCUUAUAUCCUAAGUCCUCUGAAGAAGAAAAAAGACUUUAUAGCAAGUUACACGAGUCGAAAUUAUCGUUCUACGAUUUACCACCACAGGGGGAAAUAACGUUGGAACAAUUUGAGAUCUGGGCAAUCGAUCGUCUCAAAAUUCUGUUGGAAAUUGAAUCUUGUUUUUCAAGAAACAAAUCCAUCAAAGAAAUCGAAACCAUAAUCAAGCCGCAGUUCCAAAAACUACUGCCUUUUAACACAGAGAGUUUAGAAGACAGAAAAAAGGAUUACUACUCUCAUUUCAUUCUAAGAUUAUGUUUUUGUCGUUCCAAGGAACUACGGGAAAAGUUCGUCAGAGCUGAAACAUUCCUGUUCAAGAUUAGAUUCAAUAUGCUAACCUCCACCGACCAAACAAAAUUUGUUCAAUCCUUGAACCUUCCUCUACUGCAAUUCAUAUCUAACGAGGAAAAGACCGAACUUUCACAUCAGUUGUACCAAACAAUUUCGGCGUCUUUGCAGUUUCAACUAAACUUGAAUGAAGAACAUCAAAGAAAACAAUAUUUCCAACAAGAAAAAUUCAUAAAAUUGCCUUUUGAAAACGUGAUAGAACUAGUCGGGAAUCGAUUGGUUUACUUGAAGGACGGUUAUGCUUAUUUGCCACAAUUUCAGCAAUUGAAUUUGCUUUCGAAUGAAUUUGCUAACAGAUUGAGCCAAGAGUUACUAAGAACGUACCAAUAUUUACCAAGGCUGAAUGAAGAUGACAGGCUGCUACCAAUUUUAAGCCAUCUAUCAUCAGGAUACACCAUUGCCGAUUUCAACCAGCAAAAGUCGAAUCAGUUCGGUGAAAAUGUAGAUGACGAAAUCAAUGCCCAAAGUGUCUGGUCCGAGGAAAUCAGCUCAAACUAUCCGCUAUGUAUCAAAAACUUGAUGGAAGGCCUUAAGAAGAACAAUCAUCUAAGGUACUAUGGUAGACAACAACUAAGUCUGUUCUUGAAAGGUAUCGGGUUAAGUGCUGAUGAGGCUAUGAAGUUUUGGUCUGAGGCUUUUACAAGAAAUGGAAACAUGACGAUGGAGAAGUUUAAUAAAGAGUACCGCUACAGUUUUAGGCACAAUUAUGGUCUGGAAGGUAAUAGAAUCAAUUACAAACCAUGGGACUGUCAUACUAUUCUUUCCAAGCCUAGGCCUGGGCGUGGAGAUUAUCACGGGUGCCCCUUCCGUGAUUGGAGUCACGAGAGGCUAUCUGCGGAAUUGCGUUCCAUGAAGUUGACCCAAGCGCAAAUCAUCAGCGUUCUCGAUUCCUGCCAAAAGGGUGAAUACACAAUUGCUUGCACUAAAGUAUUUGAAAUGACACACAAUUCUGCUUCAGCAGAUUUGGAAAUUGGCGAGCAAACACAUAUCGCACAUCCUAACCUAUACUUUGAAAGGUCAAGGCAACUGCAAAAGAAGCAGCAGAAGCUGGAAAAGGAAAAUCUUUCUAAUAAUGGCAAUCAUUAA